GCACUGCUUCCUGCAGGAAUUGACGACAGAGAGGAAGAGGGAGCGGAAGCGGAAGCGCGCAACCUAAGGACAGAAGUGCUGCUGACUGCUGUGAGCUAGUGAGUCCAGGAAAGAUGCUGAGCAACAUCUCUAACGUGCUGAGAACCUGCGCUUCCAGAAAUGGAGCUGCGGUGGUCAUUUCAGCACGCACAUAUGCUGACUUCACAACCCAGGCUACCUUUGAAGUAAAGAAAUGUGAUCUGCACAAGCUGGAUGAGGCUCCAGCCACUCAGGUGGUUAUGACUCGUGAUGAGGGUCUGCAGUACUACCGAACCAUGCAGACGAUGAGGCGUAUGGAGCUGAAGGCAGAUCAACUCUAUAAGCAGAAGAUCAUUAGAGGGUUUUGCCACUUGUAUGAUGGCCAGGAAGCUUGUGCAGUUGGUAUUGAAGCAUCCAUUAAUCUGUCUGACCACCUGAUCACUGCGUACCGCGCCCAUGGAUACACUUACACCAGAGGAGGGACAGUGAAGCAGAUCAUGGCUGAGCUCACCGGCAGAAGAGGAGGUAUUGCAAAGGGCAAAGGAGGAUCAAUGCACAUGUACUGCAAAAACUUCUAUGGAGGAAAUGGAAUUGUUGGAGCACAGGUUCCCCUCGGUGCUGGUGUGGCUCUGGCCUGCAAAUUCCAGGGCAACAACCAGUUGUGUGUCUGUCUCUAUGGUGAUGGUGCUGCCAACCAGGGUCAGAUUUUUGAAACCUAUAAUAUGGCCUCACUUUGGAAGUUGCCCCUCAUCUUCAUCUGUGAGAACAACAGGUAUGGUAUGGGAACAUCAGUGGAGCGAGCUGCAGCCAGCACAGACUACUACAAGAGAGGAGAGUUCAUCCCUGGUCUGCGGGUGGAUGGGAUGGAUGUCUUGUGCGUUCGGGAAGCAACCAGGUUUGCUGCUGAUCACUGCCGAUCUGGAAAGGGUCCCAUUCUCAUGGAGCUUCAGACUUACCGCUAUCAUGGACACAGUAUGAGUGAUCCCGGCGUCAGCUACCGCACACGUGAGGAGAUCCAGGAGGUCCGCAGCAAGAGUGACCCCAUUUCUUUGCUGAAGGAUCGCAUGCUAAGCAACAACAUGGCCAGCGUGGAGGAGCUCAAGGAGAUUGAUAUAGAGGUGAGGAAGGAAAUUGAAGAUGCUGCUCAGUUUGCCACCACAGAUCCUGAACCCCCACUGGAAGAAUUGUGCAACCACAUCUUCUCCAACAACCCGCCUGUGGAUGUGCGUGGCACGAACCCGUGGUCCAAGCUGAAGUCUAUUAGCUAAAGGUGGUUUUCUUUCUCGCCUUUUCAUCACCUCUUCAACUCUAAUAUAUUAUCCCCCCUCCCUACCAAUCACAUGUACGCAAACAUCACAUAAUGUACCGUAUGGUGCCUCAAACCCAGGACAUAAUGCAUCAGCAAGUAUUUAAAAUUUAAAUACUUACCUUAUUGUCUUGCCAGUUCACUUCAUAACAUUACUCCACUCCAUUUUCUUGAAUUUCUCAUGAAAUUUUGUCUCAUAUUUAUUUAUUUCUCAUAAAACUUUCAUUUUAUGUUUAGUAAAUAAAACUCCAUCCAUGACAGUAGUGGGUUGUUUAAAGUCAUGUAUGAAGUACUCGAAUUAAAAGCAACGCCGAAGAAGUUCUUUACUACUGUCGCUACUGUAUUUAAAGUCUCUUAACAUUAAGCACUCUGUAAUUUUCCCCUUCACAAGGUUUUGCAAAUCUGGCCCCAAGUGAAUAUUCUAAAUCUGCCUGGUUGAUAUUUAUCUUGGAUCAUUCAUUUCUGAGGUGUAAUUAAACAAACGUUCAUCCAUCACUGCUUAACUCAAGAAAGAAAAAAACCCAAAUUGAAUUAAUAAUUCAAUUUGAGUUAAGCAGCACUUGUUACAAAGACAUAAAUGGGAGCAGGGUAAAGAUUGUUGUCAACAUUCUUGAUACAUCUCCAAAUGUUCUUCUUUCUGUGGACUAUAUGUAAUAAAGAGUAAAGACUACCAA